AUGCCCGACUACGUCAAGGUCUUCACCAUCAAGGGCGGGGAUGGACAAGAGCGACGCAUGGAAUUACCGCUCCAACUCGACGUGGAUCGCCCGAAACGCCCGAGGACCACAUUUCAUGCUGAUCAGCUACAGGCGCUUGAGAUGGCUUUUCAGAUAGACGGCUACCCAAACGCCGAAAAACGGGCUCGACUGGCUAAAGAGCUGCGUCUUUCCGACACUCAGGUGAAAGUAUGGUUCCAAAAUCGACGCACCAAGGGCCGAAAGCAGGGAGGAGGGCUCGAAAAGGCAAAGGAGUCGCCGAAACCACCUGAAACUCCUAGGUCAUUCGACGGUCGCCUGGAUCUGGAGACACUUCCCGAGGCACACGAUGAAGAAGCCGAGGAGGCUAGGCUCGAAGCCGAGGAAAAACGGGCCUCCGAGGUGCGAUUACGCGCCGAUCCUCCUGACGCGCGAGAAGAAAACAAUAAUCAAGUCGAUGCCAGGUGUGGGGAACGGUCGAAAGACACGAUACGCCGCCCUUCCCACGGUACCGUACGCUCCAUCGCCCGGCAUCUAUCAGAGAAACAAAAAACGCGUACCGUCGAAGAACGCGCCCGCCUAGCCAAACAUCGCAUGAGCAUGCCCGAGCAACUCCCGCCGUUUCCGGCGUCGCCACAAUCUUCUGCCAAUUCGGGACAGACUCAGAUGAACUCCACGCGAGACUCCACGUCCCAAUCCGCCCAUUCGGGAGCGCCGCUAUUGGAUAGAUCACCAUCGCAAUUUUUCGCUGGUGCGGGUGGACUGCGGCAGCUACACCCAGCAAGCUUUAUGAUGAUGCCCCCACAGAUGCGGCCCGACGGCCAACAAUUCCAGCCAAUGGCCCCGAUGCAUUACCCCGGCGAUUUUCAGCCAGUCUGGUACCCCAUGCCAGCGCCAAUGUUCGUCCCCCUCGGUCCGCCAAUGAUGCACCCAAAGUUUCAAGCAAUCCCCGCCGCGCCGCCAUCCAGAACCCACUCGUUUUGCCGUGAGCUGUGUUGUGGCGGCUGCGCUCAGCUGCUCUGGACCAUUAUUUGCAUUAUACUGAUGGGAAUCAUCGCCGCACUUCUUCUAACCCUGUUUGUUGUC